UCGUGCUGGGGAUUGCCCGAUCGCCUUCUACUCCCGUCAGCUACCGCCUGCCGAGAUAAACUGUAUUGUUGAUGAACGUGAGGUUCUCGCAGCAGUUUAUGCUACCCGACAUUGGCGUCAUUACCUGCACGGGGCGCGCUUCACGUUUCACCACUCAGCCCAUCAAGGGUGAAACGAACCGCGUCGCCGAUGUCUUGUCUCGUCGUCCUGAUCACAAUCAGGAACCCAUCCAUCUUGCUGCUAUCUCCAUCACCACUGUUGAUCAGUCGGUGAUCGACGCAUAUCGCACCCUGUACCGUCACUGCCCAGAUUAUCGCAUCAUCCACGCGACACUGCGGAGUGGCAAGACCGUUCCCUCAUACUUCCUUGGUGAGAACGGUCUCGUGUACUGGCAUGGCAGAUCUGGUCAGCUAGAACCACGUAUUUGUGUUCCCUCCAUCGGACAGCUCCGCGUCCAGGCUGUAACAGAGUUCCAUGAUCAAGCAGUUGCCGAUCAUAUGGGCUUCCACAAGACGUUGGCUCGUGUUUGCCGCCUAUACGUCUGGCCGAAGUCCAAGGACUUCGUCAAAGCCUACAUCCAGCCUGCUAGUCAGGAGGUGAACAUUGCGAACCACCUCCCGUAUGGGUUACUUCAGCCCUUACCCAUACCCGAGGGUCGUUGGCAGUCCAUCUCGAUGGAUUUCAUUGGUCCCCUCCGCCCACCCACUGAGCGCGGUCAUGAUGCUAUUUUGAUCGUCGUCGAUCGCUUCACGAAGCGUGCACGUUUUGUCCUGUGCCGCUAUCGCAUUAGCGUCCGUGAGGUCGCCGACAUCGUCUUCGACCGAGUCGUGAGAGAUCACGACUUACCUCAGAGCAUCAUCUCCGACCGUAACCUGCGCUUUACCAGCACAUUAUCGCGACGUCUACACGAGGUGUACGGAUCCUUGUUCCGCUUCUCAUCGUCUUACCACCCUAAGACGGAUGAUCAGACUGCGGUCACCAAUAAAACUCUCAGUAACAUCCUCCGAAAGUUUGUUAGGGAUGACCAACAGUGGGACUUACACUUAGCCCAAGCGGAAAUUCCGUACAAUCACGUUGUUUCGCUGGCCACGGGGAUGUCGCCAUUCUAUUGCGACCUCGACUACCACCCUUGUGUACCUGCGGACUUCCUAAGACCAUCGCGGUUGCGCCCAGACACUCGUUGUCCUGCACUGGAUGACUGGAUCGUCCACAUGGCGGCGAUUACGAAGCAUGCACACAAGAGUCUAACCGAUUUCCAGACUCGCAUGGCUGCACGAGCAAACCGUUCACGAAUGGAUCACGUAUUCAAAGUCGAUGACGAAGUGCUCGUCGACGUACGCCACUUACAGCUCGAAGCAGAUACGCUUAACAAGUUCAGACGUUGUUUUUUCGGUCCAUGCCGCAUCCUUCAGGCCGUCGGUUCUGAUACUGCCGCUAGCCCGGUCAGCUUCCGUGUGAAGCUACCUGAUUACCUUCGACAGGCUCGUGUACACGAUGUUUACCACGUCUCCUUGUUGCGUCCUUAUCGCAGACCGUCCGAGCGCUUCGUCGGAUGUCCUUAUGAGCGCCCUCCACCUAUCAUGGUGGACGGUCACGAGGAGUUCGUCGUUUUCGACAUCGUAUCUCGCCGAGUUACUGACGAUAUUCCUCCACGCAUCGAGUGCCUUGUGCGUUGGAAGGGUUAUCCUGAUGAGGAGGCUACUUGGGAGCCCCUCGAGCACUUGGAGCACGCGCGAAUAUUGGCCCUGCUAAUUUGGCCCGAGAUGGAUUCGGUGGACGAGCUACAACAUCGUGCGGAGGAAUGGCUUGACACACUGGGAGAGGGGUGCAAGCAGUUGCGGAUGAUAGUGGGGAUGCUGAUGCUGCGGAAGCAGGGGGGGGUGGAGAUCGAUGGAGGGGCGAUCUCUAUGGAGCAGUGGUUAGAUGAUAGGAUCCAGGAGAUGCUGGAGGUCAUAUGGGAGCUGGAGGAGGGGUCGGAUCCCCGGCUCGAACCCUACAUCGACUGGAGGUGGGCGGACGAUGGGAUGGGGGUGUGCAAAGCCCUCUUUAUAAAGGGCCGCAAUCUCCGCAAUCAGUUGGAGAGCGAGAUGGGUGACAAGGGCGACAAGGAGGAAUGGGGAGAGGGUGGAGUGGAUGCCAACGAAGAUAAUUGCGGCGACGACACUGGCGAUAACAACACCAGCAACAACAAUAACAACGACAACAACAACAACAACAACAACAACAACAACAACAACAACAACAACAACGACAACAACGACAACAACAACGACAGCAACAACAGCUACGACGACGACAACAACAACAACAACAACAACGGCAGCGACGAAGGGGUUGAUUGCUGCAACGACACUGGCGACAGCAACAGCAACAACAAAAACAACAACAACAACGACAACAACAACAGCAAUGACGGCGACAACAACAACAACAACAACAACAACAACAACAACAACAACAACAACAACAACAGCGGCAGCAACGCUGGGGCUGAUAACAAAAACAGCAACUACAACUACAACAACACUAAUGAUGGAGGCAGUGAAGACGAUGGUGGAAGCGACGAUCAUGGCAGCAGCAACGACAACAACAAUAACAUUCACGAUAGCGGUAGCAGCAGGGUUGAGAGCGGGACUGGGGAUGACAUCAACAACAACAGCGAUGAUGGCGAUAGUGAUGACGACGGAGGCAGCGAUGACCAAGGCAGUAGCGGAGCUAAAACCCUCAGCACGACGGGAGAGAUGCCGCACGCUGACGUGGAGGGGGUUGGGAUUGAUAAGUGGUUUGCCAUCUCCCCCUCCCUCCCCCUCUUUAACCUCGUCGUCUGCUUGAGGGUAGGAGUGGGAUAAUCGAUGUUGAUUGGUGUUGCCCGCCCCGCAAUACCAAUCAACAAUGGAGUGUUGAGGGGGGCUGGUUAGGAUCUAGAUCGCGGGUGGUCAAUCCUUCCCUAGCGCGGGGAAGUAAUCAAUGCCCCCGCUCACACACAUAUCAUAUCACUCAUAUAGUUUUGAUUGAUAAAGAUCAUACACUUCA